AUGGAACCUAGAAUUACUGGUGGGGAAAUAGUAAUAGCUGAGAAUUCCAGAUUACAAAUUAAAGUUUACGAACUAGAGCAAAGAAUUCGCGCUUUUAAUGCUGACAGAGAUGAAUUGGUUCAAGAAAACACGCUUUUGAGGAAUAGAAAUGAUGAACUUGUAACGGAUAAUAAUCAGAUUCGUGCAGCAAAUGAAAAUUUAACGCGUUUGAAUUCUGCAUUAAGAAUUGUGUUAAGGGAUACUGAGGAUGAACGCGAUCAUUAUCGUGCUGUGAAUAUAAAAGAAUUUGAUGAUUUUAUUUCGAAUUUCGUGUUUG